CAACCGUAGAAAAACAAAACCACGGAUAACAACAAAACUCACAUAUUACAGCUAAUUACGAAUCAGAAUCGGUUUCUUUGUGUGAGAGUGUUUGCAUCCGAUCGUUUAUCGGUGUUUUUCGUCGCUCUUUAUGCUCUCGGGGGCGAUGUUGUUUAUCUGUAGUAAAGGGGGGCUUGAAACCGCCCUCCCUUGCCCCAUUUCCUCGGUUGUUUUCCUUCUCUCGCCUGGAUUCUCCAUGUUGUUGGUGCAAAAGUGAGGACUUCGCAGCGACGGGAGAGGGGGGCUGCUCGGCGACAUUACCCGUAAUAGUAGUGGUACACCCGAGAAGACGGAGCGCACAGGGUCUCAAAUAGCUACCUAAAAACAUAUCCAAGUGCCUUGCCCCCUCCCCAGGCGGACCUCCGGGAGAAGAACAAGAAGCGGCGGGGGAAUAAAGAAACCCAGGAACAAGAUAAAUCCCACUCUCAUUGAGGACCGAGGCGGAUGACAAGUUAGCUCGGCGAAUAAUACGGUCAGCUUGUCAAUAAAACCCAAUGAGGGAUGCCCAUCAGUUCUCGGGGACAGGAUUUGAGGAUUUUGAGGGCUCCGUGAUUGUCAGAUGGAAAGUUCUGUUAUCACCCAAGUGCAGAAAGAAGACGUCCAAGUGUCACCGAAAACAGGCCAGGUGAGCCGGUCUGCCCUCAAACAGCCUCGGAGUUGUAACAUCUUCAAAGCACUCUUCUGUUGCCUCCAAGCUCAGGAUGGCCCCAAGCCACCAACACCACUACCACCACCUUCCCAGCAGGCCUUGCUGGAGUCACAGGAAAAUGGGACGUUUGUCAAGCAAUCUGAACCAAGCCUCCUGCCUGAGGUGAAGGCCCAGGACCAGGGGAAGAUCUGUGUGGUCAUAGACCUGGAUGAGACGCUCGUGCACAGUUCAUUCAAGCCUAUUAGUAAUGCAGACUUCAUCGUGCCUGUGGAGAUAGAGGGAACCACACACCAGGUGUAUGUGCUGAAGAGGCCGUAUGUGGAUGAGUUCCUGCAGAGAAUGGGAGAGCUGUUUGAAUGUGUGCUGUUUACAGCCAGUCUCGCUAAGUAUGCAGACCCAGUGACGGACCUGCUGGAUCAGUGUGGUGUAUUCCGGGCCCGGUUAUUCCGGGAAUCUUGCGUAUUCCACCAGGGCUGCUAUGUCAAAGAUUUGAGCCGCCUGGGCAGAGACCUCCAUAAAACCCUCAUCCUGGAUAACUCUCCUGCCUCCUACAUCUUCCACCCUAAUAAUGCUGUUCCUGUAGUGUCAUGGUUUGAUGACGUGGACGAUGCAGAGCUGCUCAACCUCCUUCCUGUGUUUGAAGAGCUCAGUCAAGCCGACAACGUUUACACCCGGCUGGACGAGCUUCGUGGACAUUAGCUCUCGACAGAUCUGCCCUGCUACUGUUAGAGCUCCAGCUUGAAACCCCUUGAGCUAAAACAGGACUGUGUAUACUGAGAAUACAUAUUACAGUUUCCAGACUGUUCUCCCAGCCUCUACACAAAAUCCUUUGUUUAGAAAAAUGUAUUAGCGCGGGGUUAAGGAAAUUCCAAGCUUAGAAAAACACAGUGUCUUUGGCUCAGCUGAAACUAUAGAUCGCAAUCUGAGGCCUUUCCUCCAAAUCUCAGUGCUGACAAUAUUGACAACCACUAUUUGAACGAGAAAGAGCUGGAAACAACAACCAAAGCAGUCCCAUCACAAUCACUCCAGUUAGUAUGAAUAUUAAAAGUGGUUCUUUUGCCAAAGCAGAAGCCUGCCUGCCCUGACUUGACUUUUUGGACAUUGUUUUUAUUUUUAUUUUUAUUAUUGUGCCUUUAUGGAACAACAAAAAGAAAACAUCAGCUCUUUUUUUAAAAUUUUCCACCAGAUUUUAUACAUGUAUCGAUUUCUUUUUAUAGGUUGUUUUUAUAAGGAAAUCUAUUUUUAAACGUGGUUCUUCUAUGCAACCCAGUUUUGGAAUGACAUGGAGAGUACCUCUUAAAUAGACAGUCAAGGAUUAAACAUUACUGUAGCCUUAUUUACCUGUACAUGAGCAACAGAACAAAGUGUAUUUUACUUAUUUGUACUAUAACACAGUUUCUACAAAACAUGCAAUAUAGAUCAUCAGUGGUCAGAGCGAUAUUAUUGGUUCUAAGUUAGUAAAGCAGGACGAAAUCUUGUCUUUGAAGGGCCGUUGAAAACAGACACACUGGAAUACGUUGGCACAUAGGACGACCAUAAACGCCACAGUUUUCAGUAAAGGUUUAACAAUAGUUCAUUUUUACUAUGUUAUUUUUUUUCUUUUGUUACUAAAUGACAAACAACUUGCACUUGUUUUAUAAUGACAGUGCUGAAAGUCAAAACUGUGCCUUUGAAAUUCGGACAGAGAAUGGUGUUCUGCCUGAACAGAGAUUUGUAGGCCUACACACUCUGAUGUGUCAUGCUGAGCGUGAGAAAACACUGUCAAGAGCAAGUGUAAUGCCAGUGGCUGUGGUACUUGCAGUGCAACACUUGAAAAUAUCAAAUUAGAUUUUUUUUAACAUGUGUGAGUGUUUUUUUUUUCUAUAUUUAUUGGCCAAAAACUUGUCCAGUACUUCUUAAUGCUCAACAUUUUGUAUUGUAAUCCGUUUGCCUUCUUUGAGGCUGGCCUUGUGUUUAACUGUUUUAUCUGUGCCUCAAUAACACUCUUUUUGCUGUCAAUGUUCAUAGACAAUUCAAAACCUUCUGAGAUUCAAUCAUGCAAGAAAACUACUUUUUUUUUUCAUAUGAAUUUCAAUACAACGGAUAUUUUGUGGGGUUAUGUUUCUUGGUAGUAUGGUUUUUAUAUGAUGUUCAAUGUCGGAUGCGAUUAUUGCCUGCAUGUUAACUAGUAAAAUAUGACAAUGAAAAUGUACCAGUUGUGAUGACCAAAAGUAUUUGUUGAGAGUCGCAAUUUGUCUUUGUGUAUCCGAAUAAAUCAGAAACUCAUUUUGUCUACCUGAUCUGACCAAAACUCUAAAAGAUGAGGUGCUACCAAUUUUUACUUUAAAAUAAAAAUUGGUUAUAUUUUA